GCCAAUUUAAAUUUUUUUUCAAAAAUGGAAUUAAGUAAAAAAGAAAUCGCGGAAGACUUAUUUUUGACGGUAACGCACAAAGACUUUCGUGGAACUCCGAAAAAGCGAAGGCCAACGUUUGUACCAUUUGAAUACAAUAAUCCAAUAACCGAGGCUUACAGGAUAUAUUUAAAACUUGACCCGGAGGAAGGAACUCUGGUAUUCCCAGAAGAUGAUGCCGACGAAUAUUUAUUAAAGGUCAGAGAAAAUAAGAAAAAAAUAGGCGAGAUGCAUUUCAGCGAGCCCUUGAAUCACCCGCUUAUAAAAAAAGAGCAACAAUUAAUAUACCGACAAUCACUAUACAGAAAAGAUUAUUGUAAAUAUGUUAAAAGGAAAGAAAAGCUGGUACUACCCGAUGACUGGAAACUUCCUGAAACAACGAUACAAGAUGAUUUCAGAGAUCCCAGCAUUUACGAUAAAACGUGCUUUUCAAAUCCUACUAGACUGCACAUAUCACCCACAUCUCUAGGACAAGACAGAACGAGAAAUGAAAUUUUGAAAGUGACAACCGGCACUACAGCUUAUGAAGAUUACCACAGCAAACUCGGAGAGAUAAUUAUCAGAAAGAAGCUAUUUGGAAAAAUCACGCGUCCGAAUAUUAUGUUGCCAUCAUCAACUGCAGUUGUUUAAAAAUACGUAAAAUUUUC